AUGGCGGAGGCAUGGCAGGGGCCAGCACCGGAGGCGGUGUGUGUGCGCAUGAGUCUAGGGCCCAUGGUCAAGCUGGGCGGCGAGGGCCGCUCCUUCCCCACUGCUCUGCAACCACUCACCAACUGCAGCCAGGUGUUUGCGAUGAAUGAGGGCGUGGAUGACACGGCAUGGGAGAGCGCAAUGGAGGAAGCGGUGCCAGGCCUGUCCGUGCAGCACCUGGACCUCCUCCCUGCCUCGCCCACAUCCCCCAUGCACAUACUCAAGCUGUCCCUCACCGGGGCGCACCUAGCGUCCGUGCAGCAGUGGGUGGUAAAACGCACCCCCCCUCCCAUCUGCCAACUGCUGCUCGCAUUCCCUGACGCUGCGGGCGGGGCGAAGCUGAGGGAGAAGUACGUGACAGGGCUGGCCAAGAUAGGGUUUCACCUGGCAGAGUGUGUGCAGGAGGAUCAGGUGCCCGUGGACCGCUGCUUCUUCUUCUCCUCCACACACUGCCCGCACCCUGGCGAGGUGUCUCUCUCCCCUCCUAAGUGA